CCGCGCGGGGAGGGCUCCCUGCGGACGGCGGGGUUCCUGGUGCCGCUGCGGGAGGCUGGUGGCCUGGGGUCUAGCCCCAGAGCUGCCUUGAACUUGCGUGACCUUUACCCACUUCUCUUGGAGCUGGGGGGAGCGAUUCAGCUAACUCAUUUGCAAAAUGGGGCGAAUGGUUGCUGAUCGCUUGAUGGAUUGGUUGAUUGGUUCGUUCAUUCCAGGUGCUUUACAAGGUUUUGUUUGCUAGAGAUGCACAGACAGAACCUGCCCAUUGUGGGGUCCCAAGUCUCGUGAGAAAAGCCCCGCCUCAUGCAAAUCCCUAAGAGAAGAUGACUGUGUUCUUUAAAACACUUCGAAAUCAUUGGAAAAAAACUACAGCUGGGAUCUGCCUGAUGACAUGGGGAGGCCACUGGCUCUAUGGAAAACACUGGAUCUCUGCGGUUUCUGACCAAGCAGAUGUUUUAUUUUUACUUGGACAUCCAUUCACAUUAGCCUCUGACUUUGCAGUCAGUGGUCUGGGACCCGGCUGGUUCAGCAGCAGAAGUGAUAACCUACUAAGGAGAGCAGCCUGUCAAGAAGCUCAGGUGUUUGGCAGUCAACUUAUUCCUCCCAAUGCACAAGUGAAGAAGGCAACCGUCUUUCUCAAUCCUGCCGCUUGCAAAGGCAAAGCCAGGACUCUAUUUGAAAAAAAUGCCGCCCCGAUUUUACACUUAUCUGGCAUGGAUGUGACUAUCGUUAAGACAGAUUAUGAGGGCCAAGCCAAGAAGCUCCUGGAACUGCUGGAAAACACAGAUGUGAUCAUUGUUGCUGGAGGAGAUGGGACUUUGCAGGAGGUUAUAACUGGAGUUCUUCGAAGAGCAGAUGAGUUGCCAUUAGUGAGCACCCAAAUAUUCCUUCCAAAUUUGAAGGCUACCUUCAGUAAGAUUCCCAUUGGAUUUAUCCCACUGGGCCAGACCAGUAGUUUGAGUCAGACACUCUUUGCCGAAAGUGGAAACAAAGUCCAACAUAUUACAGAUGCUACACUUGCCAUUGUGAAAGGAGAGACAGUUCCACUUGAUGUCUUGCAGAUCAAGGGUGAAAAGGAACAGCCAGUGUUUGCACUGACCGGCCUCCGAUGGGGAUCCUUCCGAGAUGCUGGCGUCUCAGUUAGCAAGUACUGGUAUCUUGGGCCUCUGAAGACCAAAGUAGCCCACUUUUUCAGCACUCUUAAGGAGUGGCCUCAGACUCAUCAAGCCUCUCUCUCAUACACGGGACCUGCGGAGCGACCUCCCAGUGGAGCAGAAGAGACCCCUCCACGGCCCUCUUUGUACAGGAGAAUAUUACGAAGGCUCGCAUCCUACUGGGUACAGCCGCAGGACGCCCCCCAAGAGGUGAGCCCAGAGGUCUGGAAAGAAGUGCAGCUGUCCACCCUUGAACUGUCCAUCACGACCCGGAACAGUCAGCUUGACCUGGCAAGCAAAGAAGACUUUAUGAACAUCUGCAUGGAACCCAACACGGUCAGCAAAGGAGACUUCAUAACUAUAGGAAGUAAAAAGGUGAGAGACCCCAAGGUGCGUGCUGACGGCACAGAGUGUCUUCAGGCCAGCCGCUGCACUUUGCUUCUUCCUGAGGGAACAGGCGGCUCCUUCAGCAUCGACAGCGAGGAAUACGAGGCGAUGCCCGUGCAGGUGAAACUGCUCCCCAGGAAACUACAGUUCUUCUGUGACCCUCGGAAGAGGGAGCAGCUGCUGCAAAGCACGGCCCAGUGAGCGGGCUGCAAGUGGGCGCCCGAGACUGCACUUUAGGCUACCCUGGGACCAAAAGGCAACCAAGGCCUCCCCGUCCCUGCAGCGCUGUCAGAGGAUCCCAAGGGCCCGUUCAUGGCAAGUACCCUCCACCCUCCUCUCUAGUGCUUCCCAGCUUUGCAGCCAGCUUCCCAGCAGCGCAUGCUUUGACUCUGCUGUGACAGCCCGUCCCUUCCACAUACUGCUUUUCCUCAGGCUAGUUCCAGGAAAUCCCCACCCUCAGUGGAUGGACAAGGGCUAGACCUUGUUCGCUCCCCUGAGUGGGAAGCAGGGUCCUGGGCUGAGUGGCUCGUCCUCUCCUGGUGGGCUCUGUGGCCGCCCUGGGAAGUCUAGGGAAGCACCUGCCCUCUGCGGCCUCGUCCCGUUCCCCAGGCUCCUCCACAGGUGCUGCUACUCUGUGAGCUCCAAUUCUUAGCGUCUUUCAGUUCUCUCCUUAAUCAAAAACAUACCUGAGGUGUUUCCCUCUUCAGCCAUGGCUGAAAUACUGUAAAAUACGUUUUCUCCCCUGAAGUAGUGCUUCUUAAAUGUUGGUUUGCAUGAGAACCACCUGGGGUGCAUGUUGAAAACUGACUCACUUGGGGCCCAACCCAAAUCUAAUAACUCAGUCUGGGGCUGGAGCCCAGGAAUCUGCAUUUUUAAAAAGGUGUCCACCUUCCCCAGGUGGUUCUACUACAAGAGGUGUCCCCCAAACUGAACAGGACACAGUCUUGUAAAGCAGCGGUCCACACACCACUCUGCUUAGGUAUUUCCUAAAAGUAUUCUGAAAAAUCAUGUAUCCCCUCAGUUUUAAGUUGACAGCUAAAAUUUUUCAUGGAAGUUAGUUGCCAAAGUAUGUACUUUCUGGUGUCAUGUAAAUAUUGAUAUUUUAAAAUAAAACUGUUACAUCACUGUCUUAAACAUAUUCAGUGUAAUUGAAAUACGUAACAAUUUAACAGUCAUCCUCCAUUUACAAAAAUAAGUUUUUUGUCAUUGAAAAUGUCGAUUAUCCUUGUAUGGUUAUCUCCAAACCACUUUCAGCAAAUACUAUCAUAAUGUAAUGUUUUUAUGCUUGAAAUUUUCUUUCCAUUGGACCUGUCUUCUUGCCACCAAAAAAUGUAAGUGGAAGUAACUUUUUUUUAGUUCUUCAAGUGUUAACUCAGUACAGAAUAAAUGUUAUAAAUUAUUGAAAUACAAUUGAUGAAUAUUAUAAAUUUUUGAUAAUUAAAAAAUCAACAUUUUAUUAGAAUGCUCUUUAUCCUAGAGUUCAUUUAUCAAAAAGCAGUUUUUCUGUGUUGUUUAUUCAAGUUUUUUUAAAAUUUUUGUAUUGGAGGUUAGUUUCAGGUGUACAGCAAAGUGAUUCAGUUAUACGUAUACAUGUAUCUAUUCUUUUUCAGAUUCUUUUCCCAUUAGUUUAUUACAGAGUACUGAGUAGAGCUCCCUGUGCUAUACAAGCAGGUCCUUGUUGGUUAUCUAUUUUAAAUAUAGCAGUGUGUACAUGUCAAUCCCAAACUCCCAAUCUUUCCCCGUCUUUCCCCCUAGUAACCAUAAGUUCCUUCUCUAAGUCUGUCUCUGUUUUGUAAAUAAGUUCAUUUGUAUCAUUUUUUUUAAGAUUCUGCAUAUAAGCGCUAUCACAUGAUAUGUCUUUCUCUGACUUAUAUCAUUUAGUAUGAUAAUCUCCAGGUCCACCCAUGUUUCUGCAAAUGGCAUUAUUUCAUUCAUUCCAUUGUACAUAUGCACCACAUUUUCUUUAUGCAUUCCUCUGUUGAUGGACAUUUAGGUUGCUUCCGUGUCUUGGCUAUUGUAAACAGCACUGCAGUGAACACUGGGGUGCAUGUAUCCUUUCAAACCAUGUUUUUCUCCAGAUAAUAUGCCCAGGAGUGGGAUUGCUGGAUCAUAUGGUAGCUCUGUUUUUAGUUUUUUUGAUGAACCUCCAUACUGUUCUCCAUAGUGGCUGCACCAGUUUACGUUCCCACGAACAGUGCAAGAGGGUUCCCUUUUCUCCACACCCUCUCCAGCAUUUAUUGUUUGUAGACUUUUUGAUGAUGGCCAUUCUGACUGGUGUGAGGUGAUACCUCAUUGUAGGUUUGAUUUGCAUUUCUCUAAUAAUUAGUGAUGUUAAGCAUCUUUUCAUGUGUCUGUAUGUCUUCUUUGGAGAAAUGUCUAUUUAGGUCUUCUGCCCAUUUUUGGAUUGGGUUGUUUUUUUUGAUAUUGAGUCGCAUGAGCUGUUUGGAGAUUAAUCCCUUAUCAGUCACAUCGUUUGCAGAGAUUUUCUCCCACUCUGUGGGUUGUCUUUUCAUUUUGUUUAUGUCUCUCCUUCCUAUUUUGUUCUCUUGUGAUUUCAUGACAGACUUUUAGUGUUUGGAUUCCUUUUUCCUUUCUGUGUGUGUAUCUAUUGUAGAUUUUUGGUUUGCAGUUACCAUGAGGUUUUGAUAAAACAAUCUUGUUUAUAUAUCUGACUGCUAUAAGUUGGUCUUUUAAUUUCAAAUGUAUUUCCAAUAUCCUGCAUUUGUGCUGUCUUCUUAGAGUUGCUGGUUUUGAUAUAUUUGUGUGCAGAUGAUUUCCUCCCUUUUCUGUAUGUUUGCCUUUACUGGUGAGCUUUUCCAUUCAUAAUUGUCUUGUUUCUAGUUGUGGCCUUUUCUUUUCUGCGUAGAGGAGUUCCUUUAGCAUUUGUUGCAAAGCUGAUUUGGUGGUGCUGAAUUCUCUUAGCUUUUGCUCGUCUGUAAAGCUUUUGAUUUCUCCAUCAAAUAUGAAUGAGAGCCUUGUGGGGUAGAGUAUUCUUGGUUGUAGGUUCUUCCCUUUCAUCACUUUAAGUAUAUCGUGCCACUCCCUUCUGGCCUACAGAGUUUCUGCUGAGAAACCAGCUGAUAACCUUAUGGGAAUUCCCUUGUACAUUAUAUGUUGCUUUUCCCUUGUUGCUUUUAAUACUUCAAUUUUUGCCAAUUUGAUUGCUAUGUGUCUCAGCAUAUUCCUCCUUGGGUUUAUCCUGCCUGCGACUCUGUGCUUCCUGGACUUGGGUGACUGUUUCCUUUCCCAUACUAGGGAAGUUUUCAGCUAUUAUCUCUUCAAAUAUUUUCUCAGGUUCUCUCUCUCUGCUCCUUCUGGGAUCCUUAUAAUGCAAAUGUUGGUGUGUUUAAUGUUGUCCUAGAGGUCUCCUGGAUUCUCCUCAUUUCUUUUCAUUCUUUUCUCUGUUUUGUUCCAUGGCAGUGAUUUCCACCAUUCUGUCUUCCAGUUCACUUAUUCGUUCUUCUGCCUCAUUUAUUCUGCUAUUGAUUCCUUCUAGUGUAUUUUUCAUUUCAGCUAUUGUAUUGUUCAUCUCUAUUUGUUCUUUUAAUCUUUUAGCUCUUUGUUAAACAUUUCUUGUACCUUCUUGAUCUGUGCCUCCAUUCUUUUCUGAGAUCUUGGGUCAUCUUUACUAUCAAUCAUUACUACGAAUUCUUCAGGUGAACUGCCUAUCUCUUAGUUGUUUUUCUGGGGUUUUAUCUUGUUCCUUCAUCUGGGACAUAUUCCUCUGCCAUCUCAUUUUAAAUGUCUAACUUUGUGACUGCGGUUUCCAUUCUGCAGGCUGCAGAGUUGUAGUUCUUCCUUGUGCGGUCUGCCCCCUGGUGGCUGAGGCUGUCUAAGAGGCUUGUGCAGGCUUCCUCGUGGGAGGGACUGGUGCCUGCCCACUUGUGGGUGGACCUGGGUCUUGUCCCUCUGGUGGGCAAGGCCAGUGUCAGGGGUUGUGUUUAUCGGGCAGCUGUGUUCUCAGCAGGACUUUAAGUAGCCUACCUGUUGAUGGGUGGGGCUGUGUUCCCCACCCUGUUGGUUGUUUGGCCUGAGGCGUCCUAGCACUGGCUGUUGGGUGGGGCGAGGUCUUGGUGAGAAAAUGGUGGCCUCCAAGAGGGCUCAUAUCAAUGAAUACUCUCCAGAACGACUGCUGCCAGUGUCCUUGUCCCCACAGUGAGCCACAGCCGCCUCCCACCUCUGCAGGAGACCCUCCAAUACUAGCAGGUAAGUUACAAGGUCUCUGCUUUUUCCCUGGAUCGUGGUGCGCACGAGACCCUGUGUGCGCCCUUCCAAGAGUGGAGUUUCUGUUUCCUCCAGUCCUGUGGAAUUCCUGCAAUCAAACCUCAUGGGCCUUCAAAGCCAGCUUCUCUGGGCACUCCUCCUCCUGUUGCCAGACCCCCAGGCUGGGGAGCCUGACAUGGGGCUCAGAACUUUCACUCCUGUGGGAGAACUUCUGUGGUAUAAUUAUCUUCCAGUUUGUGGGUUGCCCACCUGGCAUGUACGGGGUUUGAUUUUAUCACGAUUGCACCCCUCCUACAAUCUCAUUGUGGCUGCUUCUUUGUCUUUGGAUAUAGGGUAUCUUUUCUGGUAGGUUCCAGUGUUUUUUUUUGGUCAACGGUUGUUCAGCAGUUAGUUGUGAUUCUGUUUCCAUAAGAAGAGGUGAGCUCACGUCAUUCUAUUCCACCAUUCUGUCUUCUCCCAAAAGCACAUGUUAUUUACAGCUAAGGUGAAACAAGGCUUAACCUUAUAGAUGUAAAUACAUAAGUAAGCAGAUGGGAUAGAAAAAAUUCUGUUAUCACGACAAUGUCAUGCAGUUCUCUUGAGUCGCAUAUCAAAAAUCACAGUGACCUAUCAACAGCUUGAUUAGAUCCCCCUUUAGUUUGCUGAAGACCGAGAACCAGAAACUUACCCACCUUGCUAAGGAUUCAGUAGUUAGGCAUGAUAAUCACCUUGGCACCCCUGAGGUUUUUAUAUUCCAGAGGGCAGUGCACCACAGUAAGCUGGAUGAGACGUAAGGUUUUCUUUUUGUAAAGAGGAAGGAAAAUUGCACAAGGGGGAAGAGGGAAAGGAGAACUGGCUGGCUCACCCUCGGGUAGAUCAGUUUUAGGGCAGUGCAUGUGCCGGCACCCACGAACCCCUUGGAGAGUGAAGAUCAAUGCUUGAAGGAUUAUAAAGCAGCUAUGAAAAGACCAUAACUGAAAAGCCCAUAAAAUAAUGCUUACCUGUUUACCUCUGUGUUCUUCAGAGUGGUGUUAAAAGCUGUGCUUUUGCAAAAACAACAAAAAGCAGGCAGGUCCAAGCAUGCAGUCUAAGGAGCAGCUGCUCCAUACUGCCCGUGGAGGGGAGAGGGGGUGCUGUGGUGCAGGAAAAUAUGGUCUACGUAAGCCAAGAGAGGAGGGGGGAGGGGGUGCUGUGGUGUAGGAAAAUAUGGUCUACGUGAGCCGAGAGAAUCCGGCAUACAUUGGUUCUAUAAGAGAGUGCAACAGACCAGCACAGAAUCUUGGCUACCAGCAUGUAUGUGUUUUAGUGAUUCUAAUUUUUCCAUAGAAAUAAUGGAACAUAUGAUUGGGGAAGGAGAUUUAAUUCAGAUGAGUUUUUAUUCAUUUUUAAAUGUAAAUAUGUCCUAGUUCAAAUUUUGUUUUCUUGAUUCAGACUAUUUACUGAGAACAUGGUUGCCUUACCAUCUACUGCCUUCUUUCUGUUGUCCUUCCAUAUAAGGGCCACGUACAGCAUGUUUCAGCAGCUAUGAGAGACCCUCGUCAGCUAGACCUGGAAUGCUGAGGGGUGUGAGGAGAAGCUGAGUCCCCCCUUCUUGUUUAGUACAAACCUUUUGUCAGACUAAUUUCACUCAAAAACCAAGAGUAUUUCUAUUAAAAACAGAGCAGAUAUUUUAUAUUAAAUGUAGUUCAGUAUAAAGCCUUUUGCUUAACCCCACGGCCAAUUCAUAUGCAUGGGUGUCAUUACUAUGUGCCAGUGCUUUACACGUGCAGCUGCUUAGCUGUCUGUGUUCCCACAACCCUAGGAAAUAGGUAAUACGUGGUCAUGUCACUUGGAAGGUAGGAACCUGGCUCGGAACACAGAGCUAACAAUGUUAGGAACUGAGUCUCUACUGCCUUAAAAUAACUCACUCCCCAGAAGGGUAAAAAUAAAGUGUGUGUGUGUGUGUGAGUAUAUGAUGUUUGUUUUAAAGUAAACUUAAGUAGAAGGAAGAUGUGAAACAAAAAAGCUUUGGUCUCUGUGGGGUCCUUCUCCAGAAGUUGUCUGAUACGAUGGAGGGUGCACAGUCCUGGCUUUUCUGAUGGAACGGGGACGGUUAUUUCCAACUUCGGUUUCCAUUACCUGGAGAAUGUGUAUCCAGACCGUGGCCUCAAGGAGGACAGGCACCAGCUCUGGUUUCUUCCAUCAUCACCGUAAGCGAGGUCAGCGCUGCGCGCCACGGAUUCUGCUCGUGCCCUGGGCUGUUGCUGCUUCCUACCACAAGCCGUAUUUCUUGGACCAAGUGAAGGACUGCAGCACACAUGUUCAUGUUAAAAUGUGAAUUUUAAUUGUAAAAACUGUCUUCUGUAAAUAUAGUUAUAUCAACCUCUCUGCAUACAA